AAUGUUUGUGAAAAAAGAUUUAGGAGUCAGUAUAAUCUUAAUAGACACACUAGAGUCCACACAGGAGAGAAACCAUUUGGUUGUGGUGUUUGUAGCAAAAGAUUUUCACAACCAGGGGAUCUGGAGAGACACACAAAAGUCCACACAGGAGAGCGACCAUUUGUCUGUGAUGUAUGUGGUAAAACAUUUAGCCAGAAAAUACAUCUUAAUAAGCAUAUGAGAGUCCACACAAGAGAGAAACCUUUUGGUUGUGGUGUUUGUAGUAAAAGAUUUUUACAGCCAGAGAAUCUCAAGAAACACAUGAGGGUACACACAGGAGAGAAACCAUUUGGCUGUGAUGUUUGCGGACAAAGAUAUAAACGAAAUGCACAUCUUAAGUCACACACAAGAGUACAUACAGGAGAGAAACCAUUUGGUUGUGGUGUUUGUAGUAAACGAUUUUCACAACUGGGAGAUCUGAAGAAACACCAGAGAGUGCACACAGGAGAGAAACCAUUUAACUGUGAUGUGUGUGGGAAAAAAUUUUCACGGAAGGAAAGUUUGAAAAGACACAGGAGAGUACAUUUAGGAGAGACAAUGUUUGACUGUGGGGAAAGAUGUACAUCACAAGGAGAUCUGAGGAGCUAUGAGGGGACUGUUGCUCUGGCACUUAACGUCUCACCAGUUCAAAGUAAACUAGAAGAAGAACAGGAUGCUGAACGCCUUGGUGCCCAUCAGGUGCAGGAUACCGUUAUCAACCAAAAUGCAGUGUUGCCUGCAGAUGUCCUGCAGGUGUUGGUGAUUAAAGAAGAAGUUCCCCAUGAAUGGAGCCCAAGUAUGGACCAACAAGACCCA